UCGACGCACAGUAUGGUAGAGGGAAAGCAAGGCUGUUCCUUUGCCUAGAAUAGAAGCUUCGUCUUUUGCCAUUGCGCUCCUCUCCAUACUAGUUCAGGCAAUUCCAAAAGCCGAUCUUGAAUCUAGUUUUUCUUCCCCAUCUCAUCUUGCUUCACACCCACCGACCGGGAUUUGGGACAACCACAAGGACUCGUUGACGAGGUAGAGCUUCACCAUGGUCGCCGCAGACAACUACAAGAGGGUGUUCAGGGGGCUGGACUCGGGAGGGGACUACAGAGGGUCCAUAUCUGACAGCGUGGCGACAAACCCUGAUGGUACCGAGAUGUUACUGUAUAAUUGCGAGUACAGCAUCGGUCCACUCAAGUCCCGGUUCAUGGUGAAGAAAGGGACCAAACAUCGUCCUAUAUCAGAGAAACAGAAACAAUAUCAAUAUCUCGUUUCCCUGAACAACCAAGUCAAUGUUGUUAGCAUUGAGAAUUUCUUCAAAGAUGAGAUGGACAUUGGUUGUCUUGUGAUAGAGCCUAUUCACAUGUCAUUCCACUGCUGGCUUAGAAAAUUGCGGAAUCAACCAACCAACGAGCCAAUCACUGAUGGGCGCAUGAGCCCAACAUUAAGGAGUAUCAUUCUGAAGCUAUGUAGCCUUUUGAGCCAUAUACUCGAGCAGGGAUGGUAUCCCCGGAAGCUUAGUGUGAAUGAUCUAUACAUCAAGCUUGAUGGAUCCGGUGAACCUACACUUAAAGUUCUGCUAACUGAUGUGAAAGAAGGAAGAUCCGACACCUCAACUGCCUCAACCUGGACAUUUGUUAGAGUAUAACUAUAAGGUUUGCAAAGUCGAUCUGGUGGGUGAUUCUCUUGCCUUUUGUAACUUCAUUGGGUGCCAGACGUAUGCGGUGACACUGGAAGCAUAUCCCGACAUGUGGAAUGACGAUCACAAGGAUUCCUACCUAAGGCACAUAAUACAAGGGAACAAAAACAUGAUGGCAAUGAGAGUCCAAGCUUCAAAGGUUGACUGGCCGCUUGACGAACAUGGCGUGUUACAGCCCAUGUUGACUGCGAUCAUCAGACAUGGCAAGGUCGCAUCAUAUAAUACUUCAGAGCCGCUGGACUACAUUCGGCUUUGCCGUAAUGUCCUGAAGAAGUUCGACGUGCCAACGGACGUGGCGAAUGAGAUUAAGGACGGAGCAGGCUUUUUAAGGAAGAUGGAGGAAUGGACACCAGGAAUCUGGCCGCUGCUGUAUGAAUCAACUGGUCCCCUUUGAUGCAGCCUGGCCGUGGGCAACUGCCGAUCGAAGUCUGUCAAGAAUCGAAGCUUAGUCCGCACUCCAAGGAGUAAACUUUGUUAUGGAUUGUAUUUGUACUGAGGAGUGAUCAGGAUCCCUGCUUGUUAUGGAUUAUUUGUACUGGGUAGUAUUCACGAGGAUUAACUUUGCAUGUCCCCGUUUCUUAUGGAUUAUCACGGAGUAGUACUCCCUCCCUCCGUUCAACACUGAGCAGUAUUCACGAGGAUUAACCACGACAAGUAUUUAGGAAGCUUGUCUUCGCUUGAUGAUUAAGUUCACUUAUCCCC